GAGACGUUGAAUUUCCAUAGAAGGAGGGAAGAAGUUGACUGAGACUGUGAAGUUUGCAAAUCUUUCUUCCUCAACAAAUGUGAGGUUCAUGGCCCGCCCCUUUUCAUCCCAGAUACUCCUGUUCCCAUGGGAGUCCCUGACCGAGCCAGACAAACUCUUCCUCUUGGGCUAGAAAUCCAGAAGUCUAGUAUUCCUGACGCAGGCCUGGGAGUGUUUAAUAAGGGGGAGACUGUUCCAGUCGGUGCACACUUUGGAUCCUAUCAGGGAGAGCUGGUCGAUGGAGAGGAAGACGGGAACGGUGGAUACUCCUUGGUUGAGGCAUUGCAUCAAUUGGACCACAGCAGGCUAAUUUCAGUCUCCAUGGAUGGGCCCAAUGUCAAUUGGAAGCUUUUGGACCUACUCCAACAAGACCAUGCACAACUGGUGUCCGUAGGCAGCUGCGGACUCCACACACUUCAUAACUCCUUCAAGGCUGGAUUUUCGAUGUGGAAUGUGGAUAAAAUUUUAAAGGCCAUGCACACUCUUUUCCAUAACGUUCCUGCAAGGAGGGAGGACUACGAACAAGUCACAAAAUCUACAUGGUUUCCCAAGCCAUUUUGUGGCCACAGGUGGCUUGAAAAUCUCCCAGUUAUUGAACAGGCUCUGGAAGUCUGGCCAUCUCUCAUGCUGUAUAUGGAUGCUGUGCACAAGAAACAGCUCCCAAACCCCAAGAUGUCAUCUUUUGACACCAUCGAGGCAGCCAUUAAGGAUCCACUUAUGACUGCAAAGAUGCACUUUUUCAUGACUGUGGCCAGGACCUUCCACCCAUUCAUGAAGAAAUACCAGACCGAUGAACCUAUGAUGCCAUUCCUUGCCAAAGAUUUAGCUGAGUUGAUCAAGAGUCUAUUGAGACGCUGUGUGAAGAGAGAGGUCCUCCAGUACAUCACUCCCCUUCAGCUCACCAAGCUUGAUUUGUCCAACAAGACCUUGCUCCUCCUUCCCCACAAGACUGAUAUCGGCUUGGGUGCUGAGACAGCAGUCAAGGGGAUGCCAUCGUCCAACAAUUUGAAUCUUUCCUGUGUGUUGAGGCAAGGAAUGAAGAAUUUAUUGCCUUCCAACCAUUUGAAAGACGCUUAGACACCUUCCUGCUUGAGAGAUUAAGCCAUCCCUACCCUGCUGCUUGGGAUUUUUGCCAGAAGUUAUUGCUGCUUUCACAUGGCCAGACCUCUGUUGAAAGGGGUUUUUCUGUCAACAAGGAGGUGGAGACCGAAAACGUGCAAGAGGACACAAUUGUUGCACAGAGGCUCAUAUGUGACUUUGUUGCAAUGCAUGGGGGUGUCACUCAGGUUCCCCUCACCAAGGAACUAAUGGCAUCUGUGGGUGCAGCCCGGUCAAAAUAUUCUUUCUCGAUCAGGAGCACAUCAGAAAAGAAAAGGAAUCCCAGAGCCAGAAAAGAAAACUGGCUGAGCAGUCUGUGGAGGACUUGAAGAAAAGGAAGACAAGCUUAGAUGUGUCUCCCUGUCUUGCCAGGGAAGCAGAUGCACUUGCAGAAGAAGCUGAGAGCAAGGCUGGCUCCAAGAUGGCUCAGCUUCUUUCCAAGUCCAAUGCCCUGAGAAGGGCAUACAAAGACAAACUUGCUGAACUGAAAGCCCUUGAAACUGAGAUCGGUGCUAAAGGGGAUGAACUCGGACAUAUGUAGGGUUAGGAUGUAUAUAGCCUACUAGUGUUGUGUUGCAAAUAUGGAUGUCAGGAAGUUCUGUUAUCACCAAUCCAUAAGUACUUUAUCUGUUUUAUGAGUUUAUUUGAUAUUUUUCUAUAACUGAAUCAAUAAAUGGAAUGUUUUGAGAA